CCCCUUCUGCUCCCUCGCUCUCCUCCUCCCCUCUCUCUCCGGCGCGCGGGGUCUGGAGCUAGUUGGAGCGCGGGGGUUGGUGCUGGAGCCCAGCUCCGCCGAGCCCGGCGGGUCGGCCGCGCAUCCAGCGGUUGUUGGAGCAGCCCGAGCGCAGCGGGCCCGACCGGAGACGGGGACUGCAUCGGAGCUCUGAGCCCACAGCCGGGAUCCUUCUUGUUCGGCCGCCCCAUUCCCAGACGGGCCACCAGCUCUCGGGUUCGUCACCGUGGUCUGCACCGCCGGGAGCCCAGGGCCGCGGGGAACCCGGCACCUGCGCGUGCUGCCGGGAGGUUUCCCCGGCCUGCCUCCAGGAGCUAGGCGGCAGAGGGGCCCACCAUGGUUGGCCCAGGACCCCUGGCUGUCUCCAUGUUGCUGCCCAGCCUCACCCUGCUGGUGUCCCACCUCUCCAGCUCCCAGGACAUCUCCAGUGAGCUCAGCAGUGAGCAGCAGCUGUGUGCCCGGCAGGAGCACCCUAUCGUAGCCUUUGAAGAUCUGAAGCCGUGGGUCUCCAACUUCACCUAUCCUGGAGUCCGGGAUUUCUCCCAGCUUGCUCUUGAUCCCUCCAGGAACCAGCUCAUCGUGGGAGCUAGGAACUACCUCUUCAGACUCAGCCUUGCCAAUGUUUCCCUUCUUCAGGCUACAGAGUGGGCCUCCAGUGAGGACACACGUCGCUCCUGCCAGAGCAAAGGGAAGACUGAGGAGGAGUGUCAGAACUAUGUUCGAGUCCUGAUUGUUUCCGGUCGGAAGGUGUUCAUGUGUGGCACCAAUGCCUUUUCCCCAGUGUGCUCCAGCAGACAGGUGGAGAACCUCAGCCGGACUAUCGAGAAGAUCAAUGGUGUGGCCCGAUGCCCCUACGAUCCACGACACAACUCUACAGCCGUCAUCUCCUCCCAGGGGGAGCUCUAUGCCGCUACCGUCAUUGACUUCUCAGGUCGGGACCCAGCCAUCUACCGCAGCCUGGGCAAUGGGCCACCGCUUCGCACUGCCCAGUAUAACUCCAAAUGGCUCAAUGAGCCAAAUUUUGUGGCAUCCUUUGACAUUGGGCUGUUUGCAUAUUUCUUCCUCCGGGAGAAUGCAGUGGAACAUGACUGUGGGCGCACUGUGUACUCUCGGGUAGCUCGAGUGUGCAAGAAUGAUGUGGGGGGCCGUUUCCUGCUGGAGGACACAUGGACCACGUUCAUGAAGGCCCGGCUCAACUGCUCCCGCCCAGGAGAGGUCCCCUUCUACUAUAACGAGCUGCAGAGUGCCUUCCACCUGCCCGAGCAGGACCUCAUCUAUGGCGUCUUCACCACCAAUGUAAACAGCAUCGCCGCUUCUGCCGUCUGCGCCUUCAACCUUAGUGCCAUCUCCAGGGCUUUCAACGGCCCGUUUCGUUACCAGGAGAACCCCAGGGCUGCCUGGCUCCCUAUAGCCAACCCCAUCCCCAAUUUCCAGUGUGGCACCCUGCCUGAGACUGGCCCCAACGAGAACCUCACGGAGCGCAGCCUGCAGGACGCACAGCGGCUCUUCCUGAUGAGCGAAGCCGUGCAGCCGGUGACACCUGAACCCUGUGUCACCCAGGACAGCGUCCGCUUCUCACAUCUCGUGGUAGACCUUGUGCAAGCUAAGGACACGCUCUACCAUGUACUCUACAUAGGCACAGAGUCAGGCACCAUCCUGAAAGCGCUGUCCACUGCCAGCCGCAACCUGCGGGGCUGCUACCUAGAGGAGCUGCACGUGCUGCCCCCUGCGCGCCUUGAACCUCUUCGGAGCCUGCGCAUCCUGCACAGUGCGCGUGCGCUCUUCGUGGGAUUGAGCGACCGGGUGUUGCGGGUCCCGCUGGAGAGGUGUUUGACCUACCAUAGUCAGGGGGCAUGCCUGGGAGCACGGGACCCAUACUGCGGCUGGGACAGGAAACGGCAACAUUGCAGCACCCUGGAGGACAGUUCCAACAUGAGCCUCUGGAUCCAGAACAUCACAGCCUGUCCUGUGCGGAAUGUGACACGGGAUGGGGGAUUUGGCCCAUGGUCACCAUGGAAACCAUGUGAGCACUUAGAUGGAGACAACUCGGGUUCUUGCCUGUGCCGGGCCAGAUCCUGUGACUCCCCAAGGCCUCGCUGUGGGGGCCUGGAAUGCCUGGGGCCAUCCAUCCAUAUCGCCAAUUGCUCCAGGAAUGGGGCGUGGACCACUUGGUCAUCGUGGGCACAGUGCAGCACGUCCUGUGGGAUCGGCUUCCAGGUCCGUCAGCGAACUUGCAGCAACCCCGCUCCCCGCCACGGGGGCCGCAUCUGCGUGGGCAAGAGCCGGGAGGAGCGGUUCUGUAAUGAAAAUACACCUUGCCCGGUGCCUAUUUUCUGGGCUUCCUGGGGCUCCUGGAGCAAGUGCAGUAGCAACUGUGGAGGCGGCGUGCAGUCGCGCCGUCGGACCUGCGAGAAUGGCAACUCCUGCCCGGGCUGCGGCGUGGAGUUCAAGACGUGCAACCCGGAGGCCUGCCCGGAAGUGCGGCGCAACACACCCUGGACGCCCUGGCUACCCGUGAACGUGACCCAAGGUGGCGCACGACAGGAGCAGCGCUUCCGCUUCACGUGCCGCGCGCCGCUGCCGGACCCGCACGGCCUGCAGUUCGGCAAGAGGAGGACGGAGACCAGGACCUGCCCGGCCGACGGCAGCGGAGCCUGCGACACCGACGCCCUGGUGGAGGAUCUCCUGCGCAGCGGGAGCACGUCCCCGCACUCUCUGAGCGGUGGCUGGGCCGCCUGGGCCCCCUGGUCAUCCUGCUCCCGAGACUGCGAGCUGGGCUUCCGGGUCCGCAAGAGAACGUGUACCAACCCGGAGCCCCGCAACGGAGGACUGCUCUGCGUGGGAGAUGCUGCGGAGUACCAAGACUGCAAUCCGCAGGCUUGCCCAGUGCGGGGUGCCUGGUCCUGUUGGACCGCGUGGUCCCAGUGCUCAGCAUCCUGCGGCGGUGGCCACUAUCAACGCACCCGUUCCUGUACCAACCCUGCACCAUCCCCGGGUGAGGACAUCUGCCUCGGGCUGCACACGGAGGAGGCACUAUGUGCCACGCAGGCCUGCCCAGAAGGCUGGUCACUGUGGUCUGAGUGGGGUGUCUGCACCGAGGAUGGGGCCCAGAGCAGGAGCCGGAGCUGUGAGGAGCUUGUCUCAGGGCCCGGUGCCUGUGCUGGCAACAGCAGCCAGAGCCGGCCCUGUCCCUACAGUGAGAUUCCUGUCAUCCUGCCUGCCUCCAGUGUGGAAGAGACCACCAGUUGUGGAGGGUUCAAUCUCAUCCAGCUGGUAGCCACUGGUGUGUCCUGCUUCCUGGGCUCUGGGCUCUUGACCUUGGCGGUGUACCUGUCUUGUCAGCACUGCCGGCGCCAGUCUCAAGAAUCCACGCUUGUCCAUCCUGCCACCCCUAACCACUUGCACUACAAGGGUGGAGGCACCCCCAAGAAUGAGAAGUACACCCCCAUGGAAUUCAAGACACUGAACAAGAACAACUUGAUCCCUGACGACAGAGCCAACUUCUACCCACUACAGCAGACCAAUGUGUACACAACCACCUACUACCCCAGCCCACUGAACAAGCCCAGCUUCCGGCCAGAGGCCUCACCUGGACAGCGCUGUUUCCCCAACAGCUGAUCCCACCCUCCCGGACUUGGGCUCCUUGCCUUCCCAAGGCACAGAACAGUGGAAUGGGACAGUAGAGCCAUUUUGGUUUGCCCUCUGCCCUGAGCUGAGAACUUGCUUGCCUGGCCUGUGGUCCCAUCGGGCUUCAGAAAGCUCUGCCUGUCAUUGACCAUGGGAGAGAGGGCUGGCUUCAGGCUGGCACAUGGCCGCAGAUCCAGUUCAGCCCAGGUUUCAUGGUCUCCCAUGACCCACAAUCACUUUCUCCUGCCAUGUCUGAGCUGUGGACCUACUGGGCGUGUGUGUGGAAAUUGGAGAGUAGAGAUGGCAGGAGAGGGGGCUCUUUGGUUUGGGGUUGGAAAUGACCUCCAGUGGCCGCCAUUAAGUCUGCCCCCUUUUGAAUGGCCCUCUGAAACAUCUGAGCUGCAUCCAGCUUGUCAUUGAAAGGAACUCAUCAAAUGUCCCAGCAGCUUCAGCUCUCAGCCCAGGGCUGGACCACUCAGAUGUUGCUCCCUGAGUGUCACCGGGGACCAGUGCUGGCCUAGGUUGACCACCUCUGUCAGGAAGUCUGUAUCUUGACCAGGGGCAUCCCUCUGGUUAGGGGCAAUGAGGGCUGAGAACUGGAGGCUGUGCUGUGCUGAGAGGCCCUUUGAUCUGACUCGGUCGGGGCCUUAGCCUUGCCUUCAGAACGCUCACAAGGUGACCUGAAAGGAAAAAAGACUCAAGAACACAGGAGGCAGAGUCUGGCCUCCAUGCUGAUGGAGACUGUUGCUGCUCAAGAGUCGUUGGCUGAGAACUGCUUGGAAGUCUCUGCUGGCCCCUCGUGUAUUCAGGAACACACCACACACACACACACACACACACACACACACACACACACACACACACGCCAUCUGCCACAGCAAUGAAAAGGAUGUUAAGCUGUGGCAUUAUUAAUUAAAGAUGAUAUCCAGUCUCCAAAUGGAACUGUCUUUGUGCAUAUGUGUGUGGGCCCUCUUGGCAUGGAGUAGUCCAUCAAGGCAAUGCUCAAGCUAACAGAUGGUUUCUCAAGAUGGAGGAAAUGACCGAGUGAAGUUUGAGUUUAAUAGAGACCAUCUUUCUGGGUGGGGGUUUAUGUGCACACACAUAUUCUUCUUUCAGAAAAGAAGCUGGCUGUAAACAGACUUCACCAGUGAGGUCACUAGGUACAGCAAAGUCAACAGCAGAGAGUGGUGUGGGCCUGCCCUGAGCAGCUCCUGCAUGGAGAUGGGGAAUUCAGCAGGAGAGCAUUGAUGAGGAUGAUUCAUGGAUAUGCUCGAAGCUGAGUUUAACAAAACCAAAUUGAGAAAUGAUGCC